GAUAUUGUUGAAGUUUGGUUAGAGCUUUAUCCAUGCGAGACCUGAUAAUUUGGGUUUUCUAAAUCGUAUGUUCCUCGAGAAUGUUAAUUUUCCUUUUCUGUAGUGUUCAGUUACCAUACUUUGAUAAAUUUGCUCAUGAAUUUGGUUUAUUAGGCCAGGAAAAACUUCUACUUUAGUUCUGUGGGUGAUUUUAACAUUGAAGUUGAAACUUGACGUACUAAAUAUGGUCAUAUUCGGUAUGUCAUGCACUAAUGUGUUUUUUGUUUCAUCGAACAACUUCAGGCAUCAAUUUUGAAAAAGCAAUAUGGCACUAGUUUCUGGAGGAAGAUCAACAUUGAAUCCAAAUGCGCCUCUCUUUGUUCCUUCAUUCGUGCGCCAGGUAGAGGAUUUUUCACCAGAAUGGUGGAAUUUGGUGACAACCUCAACAUGGUUCCAUGACUAUUGGAUGAGCCAGAACCAGGGAGAGGAAUAUGGUGCUGGUAAUGAUGUUGCUGAUUUGCUUCCUGAAAAUAUUGAUCUCAAUGUUGAUGAGGACAUCUUGAACAUGGAAGCUCAGUUUGAGGAAUUUCUUCAAUCUUCCGAAAAUGGGCAACAAGGAAUUAAGUCAUCUCUCUAUGGUGUCAAUGCGAUGCCACAAUAUGGUUUACCAUCUGAUGCACUGAUAAGAACAUUGAGUUCACCAAGAUCCCCCAUUGGGCCACCCAAAUACUUUGAGAAGGCAUCCAAGAUCGUGAGCCCGAGGAACAGUUUCCGCAGCAUCCAGCAGCCUCGUUGAAGAUCCAGUCUCUUGGUUUACUUUCAGGAAGUCAGUUGUUAGUUUGCAGCAGUUUAGAAAGUCUCUUUAAGUUUUAGUUUCAUGUAAACCUUUGUAUAGAGCAAGGUAGGUGGCACUCUUGUAUCUAGCCUUGUUCAUAGUCUGAUAUCCUUUCUUUAGCUUAACUUCUUGUAAACAACAGAACUGUAAAAGUGAAAAAAAUUUGUAAAAACCAGUUGAACAAAAGUGAAAAAAAGAGCAGCUAUUAAGUUUCA